CUUGCUUUGUGUGCCGUAGCUAUGGCAGCUCCAAGCUACCACCAUGGUCGUCAUGGCAACCACUUUGGUCAUCAUGGCAACCACCAUGGUCAUGGAUAUGGAUAUGGGGAUGAGAACCGUGAUGGAGUCCCAGAUGCUCUUGAUGCCAACCGUGAUGGCAAGAUAGAUUCCUACGCUCAUGGACACCACGCUCAAGGACACCACGCUCACGGACACCACGCUCACGGACACCAUGCUCAUGGACAUGUUGCUCACGGACACCAUGCCAACAGCUAUGGACACCAUGAUGCCCACCAUGCUCAUGGACACCA